CAGAGCUCCACAGCCUAAGUCCACAGAUGCAACACUCUUUUACUCUGUGGUUUUCAUUGUGCUGCUCAUACUGACACCUGCCCUGGUCACGGUUUAUACAAAUGUUACAAAGUGUGAGGAGCUGGAGGCAACAUGAAGAGAAAAAAAACCAAGACAGCAGAAACAGAGGAAGUGGCAGGUGUAGCACAUGUAUCCUAAGCUGUGUGAAGAGUGCAGCAGGGUUAAUCCGUGUGUCUGGGUAUGAAGGGAGAGAAGUUAAAGUUUCUUGUCCCUACGGAAAGGGUUAUGAGUCUUAUAAGAAGUACCUGUGCAAGAAUGACUGUGGGAGUGAUGAUGUUCUUAUUAAGACGACAGAAGCAAAAAAGAACAGAUACUCCAUCCAUGAUGACAAACAGAAUUGGGUCUUUACUGUGACAAUCUCUGAUUUGAGGCAUAUGGAUGCUGGGAAAUACUGGUGUGGGAUUACCAGAACUGGUUAUGAUACCUACCCUGCGGAAGUAAAUCUGGAAGUAAAACAAGACAGCUGCUGUGAUCAUUCCACCAAAGUCCAACGUUAUGAGGAGAGUUCAGUGUCCUUCAGUUGUCCGUAUGAGUCUGAGUACCAGAACAGCCUCAAGUACAUCUGCAGAGGAAACCAGCCCUCCACAUGUCUGCAGCACGCACUCAUCUCCUCUGACAACAAACAAAAGGGACAGUUCACACUUACAGAUGACAUGGAAUCCAGGAAAUUCACAGUGACCAUUACCAGCUUGACCCAAAACAAUUCUGGGUCGUACCUUUGUGGUGUCCAUGGAAACACUGGCCUGGAUGUUUUCUCUGCUUUUGAGCUAGAAGUCAAAGACUUUCAGCAGACCAGCACUGUGAUGUCUACUAUCAAUGUGGUUCCUAUCUUCACUAUGGUGGAGGCAACACCUAUCCCUGGAAAAGAGAUCAAAGAUUCAACACUCGUUUACUCUGUGAUUUUAAUCGUGCCCGCUGUGCUGCUCAUACUGACAUUUGCCCAGGUCAUAGUUUAUAAAUACAAAGGUUACAAAGUGCGAGGAGAUGGAGGCAACAUGAACAGAAACAAAACCAAGACAGCAGAAACAGAGGAAGUGAUAAGUGUAUCAGAUAUUUAUCAAAAUCAAGACUUAGUGUACUCAAAGCAGCGGACCUCCGAACCACAGAGCCUGUCAACACCACGACGAUCGAGGUGA